AUGGAGAAAAUCGAGAACGGACGAGUGGAGGACGACAACGUUCGCGUUUGCUCAUCGGAGACGGCCGACGGAGGCGAAGAUGUCUACAGUUCCAAAGAGUCGGAUGCAUCCUCAGCCGAUCAUCUCGUUAUAUUGGUGCACGGGAUCCUUGGAAGUGCUUCUGAUUGGAGAUUCGCUGCUGAUCAGUUUGUUAGGAUGCUUCCGGACAAAGUUUUUGUACACUGCAGCGAAAAGAAUAUGGCAACACUGACGUUGGAUGGAGUUGAUGUGAUGGGUGAUAGACUAACCGAAGAGGUCCUUGAAGUAAUUAAGAGGAAGCCGCAUCUGCGGAAAAUUUCAUUUGUUGCACAUUCGGUUGGAGGUUUAGUAGCAAGAUACGCCAUUGGAAAAUUAUAUCGACCUCCACGCACAGGAAGUCAGGAAGACUUGCCUUCUGAUUCUGGUGAAGAGGAGACAAAGGCCACUAUAGCUGGUCUCGAACCAAUUAACUUUAUAACCGUUGCUACUCCUCAUCUUGGUUCAAGGGGUAAUAAGCAGGUGCCUUUUCUCUUUGGCCUGCCUGCAUUGGAGAAACUUGCUGGAGUGACUAUUCAUUGGAUAUUUAAAAGAACCGGACGUCACCUUUUCCUCACUGAUGAUGAAGAUGGAAAGCCCCCAUUACUUAUGCGAAUGGUGGAAGAUGACGGUGAUCUACGUUUCAUGUCUGCCUUACGAUCAUUCAAGCGCCGGGUAGCAUAUUCAAAUGUGGGCUAUGACCACAUUGUUGGCUGGAGGACAUCAUCAAUUAGACGCAAUAGCGAGCUGCCAAAGUGGGAGGAAUGUUUGAACGAAAAGUAUCCACAUGUUGUGUACGAAGAGCGCUGCAAGGCAUAUGACCCUGAGCAGUGUCAAUCUGUUGUGGUGGAAGAUGAUGGGCUGGAUGAGAUAGAAGAGAAACUCGUGACUGCCCUAUCUCGUGUGUCAUGGGAAAAAGUAGAUGUUAGCUUCCAUAGCAGUAGGCUGAGAUUUGCCGCUCAUAGUGUUAUUCAGGUGAAAUACCAGUACAUGCAUUCAGAAGGCGCUGAUGUUAUACAACAUUUGAUUGAUCAUUUUCUCGUAUGA